UUCUCUCAUUACCGUUGGGAACCGCCGCCGCGGCACCACCAGGCCAGCAGUAGUAGUCACACGUCAGAUGCGCUUGCAACAUCAUGUGACGUCGUCCUACUUUGUUAUUAUAAAGCGCGCGCGUGUUUAUGAUGACAGGAAAAUGUGAACCGGACUCCUUGCCUGUCAUACCAGUGUCCGAGACGUCUUCCGCAGGAAUCCACGAUAACAAUAAUAACGCAUCUUCUACAGCAACCUCGUCGCCUGUUACGGCUACUGUGCAUCCCUUUAGUAAGAGGGAACCCAUUGUAACUAGCUCGUCUUUGUUAUUCUCACAGAAUUCUAAUCAAAAGGAUGGUAAAAGGGCUAACAAACCACUAAUGGAGAAAAGAAGGCGAGCAAGAAUAAAUCAAUCGCUAGCGCUUUUGAAAACUCUUAUUUUAGACUCUACCAGGACAGAGAACACCAAACAUUCAAAAUUGGAAAAAGCUGACAUAUUAGAGCUUACUGUACGACAUUUACAGCGACAAAAAGUUCUUGGCUCAGACGUGAGGGAUAAAUAUCGGGCUGGUUUCCAAGAAUGUGCUAGAGAGGUCACUAGAUUUUUGGAGUGUCCUGAACUACAUAUGUGUAGUACUGGAACCGGAACAUUACUUUCUGCAGGUUCCACAGUUAUAGAACCAGCUGUAAAGCAACGAUUAUUAAGACACUUAGAUACAUGUUCAUCAGAAAUCGAUUUGGAUUUUAGCAACUCUACGGUUGUUAUCCCUGAUGAUAUUAUUGGUGGAGAUGAAGAAUCAAAUUGUAGCACUAAUGACAGUAAAAAUGAUCGUGUAAAAUCUGAACCUCCAAAAAAACGAACUCGUAGUAAAUCUGUGAGUGUAGAAGAUAAAGUAAUAGAUCGUGGUGGCCUGACAGCUAGUGUUGUUGUAGCGCCAACUAAUGAUCCUACACAACCAUUAUCUGUUGUACAGGUAAUCCCUUCACAACUUCCUGAUGGGCAAGUCGUGUUCCUGUUACCUAGCCACUAUGUACAUUGCCAACAAAAUCAAGGAGGUGAAGUUAGACCUCAAGGCGAAGAACCUAUUGAUUUCAGUGUUAAAAGAGAACAUGAACAUGACAGUAUGUGGAGACCUUGGUAAAUUCAUAUUAUAGAAUUAGGUAUCUACAAAAUGUUUUUUUUCAAUCUUCUUAAAUUAAAUUUUCUAAUUUAUUUCCCCUGUCUGUGAUACAACUUAAAAUA